ACAAUGGCGGGCAAGCUGGAUCCGUCGACGUAUCUUUUCGACAUACCACCUUUGUUAAUGGAGAUGUUUUGUAAAGUAAUGGACAGCUGUUCUGACAGUCUUGGAUGGAGAGGUUUGGCUGCGCGUAUCCUGCCCAGCUGGCUAGAUGUAAGGUGUACCGAGAUGUGUGCAGCUGCUGGACGAAGUCCCACCCAUGAACUUGUUUGGUCCUGGGCACAGCAGAAUAAAACCGUGGGAGACCUGCUUCGGGUUUUGGAAGAUAUGGGUCAUUAUCGAGCGCUCAAUCUUUUUCAGUCUCAAGACUUUAGUAGAAAAACCUCAAAUCUCUCUUCAACUCCUACAUUUUCUAUGCCUCACCCUUACAAUGAAGAACCAGAAAAAGCAUCAGUCCCCCAUUCUGACUGUGUUUUUAAUGAAGCCAGAAGACAGAAAGCUUUGAUCACUUACUCAGAAGUCAUAGAGGGAACUAGAAACUUCCAUCAGGAUUUGAAAAUCGGGGAGAACACGUUUGCGGAUGUUUACCGUGGAAUACGGGGAAAUGAGAGCUUUAUUGUGAAGGUUUUCAAGCAGGUGAACAAGGGAUCAUGGAAGACUUUGUGGGAGAAGUUCAAAACAGAGAUUGAAGUACUACAACUCUACCAGCAUCCCAACAUCUUGGAACUUUGGGGCAGCUUUUCAGAGCGGGAGCAUUACUGUUUGGUCUGUCCAUUCCUUUCUAAUGGAUCACUGUUUCAAAGGCUGCACGAGGAAACUGAGAGGCCCCUGACAUGGCAGGAGAGACUUGAUGUCAUUAAAGGCACAGCAAAGGCUGUGCACCAUCUGCACACCGCACAGCCCUGUAUGGUUAUCUGUGCUAACAUCACAAGUUCAAACAUAUUACUAGAUGAGCAUUUGCAGCCUAAGCUGUCUGACUUUGGGAUGGCUCGACUGAGACCACACUCCAUUAACCAGAGCUGCACCAUCACCAUGGGCAUGCCCUCCUGCAGCAACCUGGGCUAUCUGCCAGAGGAGUAUAUACGUGAUGGCAAACUGUCUGUCAAGUUAGAUGUUUACAGCCUUGGGAUGGUCAUUCUAGAGACAUGCACAGGGCAGAAAGUGAUACUGGAGACACCAAAGCGCACAUUAUUGAGGGACAUGCUGAGUUUAGAGGCAGAAGAGAAGGGCGGUGUGGAUGCCUGUCUGCGCUUCCUGGAUGUCAAAGUAGAACAGUGGCCCACUGCAGGAGUGCUCUGUCUGCUUCGCCUGGGUCUGGACUGUACGAGCAGCCGAGCCCGAGCCAGGCCCUGUGUGGAGACAGUGCUACAGAAGCUAAGCCAAAUCCUCCCUCUGCCUUUCUGCCCUGAAGACCAGCCAAGGACCCUGCAUGACACAGCCCCUCCUCUGCUUCUUCUAAAUGACCAGGAGCUGAGUUCCAGCCUGCCUAUGGAGGAUGACGAAAGAGAGGAUCCUCCACUAAAAGAACAAUCGGUGCCCUGUGAGUGCAGCCAAUCAGAGGUCAUUUUCCUGGAUGCUGGGGGUCAGGGCAUGCGCCCUUCCAGCGCCCCUCUGAUGGACAGCGAGAGAGGGGCUGUGUUGGUGCAGAGCCUGCAGGCGACCCAUGACCCUGAGCCUGAUCUGUACGGGAGCUGGCCAGUGGAGUGCAGCUGCAUGGCCGGAGCACAAGCCCAGAGCUGUGAGGACUGCUGGGCCAAUGGCUUCAGCGACACUGCAAUGUUCAUCCCUCAAGGGGCCAGGAGCCAGUCUUUUCAGAGUGCAAUCGAGAACUCAGUUAAAGAGAGACUCAAGGAUAAAAUCCAGCUAUACAACCAAGGCAUAAUAAAGACAGAGGAACUUUUCUCAAUGACAUCACAGUGAUUUUGUGACCACAUGUUGACUCAAGACCGGACUCUUAAAGAUUUCAUGAAUACCUCAGUGCAUCUUUUUAAAUUUUUUUUUUUAACUCGGUCCAAGACCAAGACAAACUCAGCUAUUUAAGUCAAUUUGAAAUAAUUUAACAUUUGUGUACUUGUAUGUUGUACAAUUAAUAAAAUAUUAUUAAUUAAAUAUUUUAUA